ACAGUGUGUCUCGUGAGUUCUCGCAACAUCUGUCUUCGUCGGAGACAUUUCCCUGCCCGAUGGCGUCCUCCCUCCUAUCCGCCGCCAAGACUCUCCUUUCCCCCUCUCAGCCUCGAACUCCUCCUCCUCCUCCUCGCGCUGGCCAUUCUUUUCCACUUUGGAGCCUCCAUGCCUCGCGGAGGAGCGCGGUCAGAGUCUCCUCCUUGAAAUGGGAACCAUCCAAGGUGGCUCCGCAAGCCGAUAGGGUCCUCAUUCGCCUCGAGGAGCUGCCCGAGAAAUCUGCUGGUGGAGUUCUACUUCCAAAAUCAGCUGUUAAAUUUGAGCGCUAUAUAAUGGGCGAGGUACUGUCAGUUGGUUCUGAUGUUGCCGAGGUGGAAGCAGGAAAGAAGGUUCUUUUUUCAGAUAUUAAUGCUUAUGAGUUGGUGUGCAGGUGGACUUGGGGACAGAAGCUAAGCACUGUUUCUGUAAAGCUGGUGAUCUGCUAGCUGUUGUUGAGUAGGAGUAGCAAAUGAAUCCUAGGUGGUCUUUUCUGAUGCAAGUCAUUUUUUCUUGGCCACUCCGUCAACAGGAACUGAUUAUGUAGUAUGCUCAUUUAAAAUGUAAUUUUUGAUUUAUAACUAAGUAUUGGUUAAAUGAGUUCAGUCAUUUGUCGA